AUUCCUCUGCUCGGUGGCUCGAGCCCCGCUGUGUUGUCAUUUGAAUACAGAUACACAGCCAGACAGCACAUACUCAGCAGCUGCUGCAAACCAGGAAAUUGUGGGCAGGACAAAUGAAAGAGAAAAUGAAAGCAGCCGACACAAUGAUACAGCUGAAAUUCAGGGUACAGUGACUGCCAAUAUCUAACCAUUCAAAAAUAUGAAAGUCCAUCAAAUUCAGUAAUACCAAAACCAAUAACCACAAGUUAUAUUUCAAUAUGCAUCUCUUGUUUUUAAUCUUGCUCUUUCUGGAGUCACACUUUUGUGUCCAGUCUUCUGAAAGCAAUAGUCCUGUUGGCAAUAACAUGGCCACAAACGGCCUUCCUUUUCCAUGGAGUAAAAUGCGCCUGCCAAACUACAUAGUGCCUGUACAUUAUCAUCUGCUUAUUCAUCCCAAUCUCACCACAUUGAGGUUCAAUGGUUCUGUGAAGAUUGAAAUUGAUGUAAAAAACAACACAAACUGGGUGGUGCUACACAGCAAGAACCUGAAGAUCUUCACAGCCACGGUUCUGGAUGAGCAUGAGGCCCAUCUGUCAGACAAGGUGCUCUCUGUGCUGGAAUAUCCUCCACAUGAACAGAUCGCCAUCUUCUCCCCAAAGAUUCUGACCUCUGGGGAAAAAUACUUCCUGUAUUUGGAAUUUGGUGCACCAUUAAGUGAUGGGUUCUAUGGAUUUUAUAAGAGUACAUAUAGGACAAAAGCAGGAGAGACAAGGGUCCUGGCAUCCACCCACUUUGAGCCCACAUCUGCCCGAAUGGCAUUGCCAUGUUUUGAUGAACCCACUUUCAAAGCUAAUUACACUGUCAGAAUAAGGAGGGGUCCAUCACAUAUAGCUUUGUCUAACAUGCCAUUAGAACAAACUGUGGAAAUCGGCAAUGGUCUGUUUGAAGACCAAUUUGAAGUGAGUGUGAAGAUGAGUUCAUACCUGUUGGCCUUCAUUGUCUGCGACUUCAAAUCUGUUAGUGGGAUAACGGCAACUGGAAUUAAUAUUUCUAUCUAUGCAGUUCCAGAGAAAUGGCAUCAGACGCACUAUGCUCUUGAGGCUGCUUUGAGGCUUUUGGAGUUUUAUGAACAAUAUUUCAACAUACUCUAUCCCCUGCCAAAACUGGAUCUGAUAGCUAUUCCAGAUUUCCAGUCAGGUGCUAUGGAGAACUGGGGUUUGACUACUUAUAGGGAGACCUCUCUUCUGUAUGACCCUGACAUCUCAUCAGCGUCCAAUAAGCUCUGGGUUACCACAGUGAUAGGACAUGAGAUAGCCCAUCAGUGGUUUGGAAACCUGGUGACUAUGGAGUGGUGGAAUGACAUAUGGUUGAAUGAAGGCUUUGCACGAUAUAUGGAAUUUGUCUCUGUUGGGGCAGUAUAUCCAGAGCUUAAAAUUGAGGACCACUUCCUGGACACCUGCUUUGGAGCUAUUGGACGGGAUUCACUAAAUUCUUCCAGGCCAAUUUCCAGUUUAGCCGAGAACCCUACUCAGAUAAAGGAAAUGUUUGAUACUGUGUCAUAUGACAAGGGAGCAUGUAUUCUCCAUAUGCUGAGGCAUUUCUUGACAGAUGAAGGCUUCCAGAGUGGCAUAAUUCGGUAUCUUCGGAGGUUCAGGUACAGCAAUGCCAGAAAUGAAGAUCUGUGGGACAGCCUUAUUAAAACAUGUUCUGAAGAGGAAUUCACAGCAGGAGAACACUGUUACAGCAGUACUCAAGCUACUAAAAAUGCGUAUCGUUUUGCUGGGGAGCACGUAGACCUGAAGGAAAUGAUGUAUACUUGGACUCUACAAAAGGGCAUACCACUGGUCACAGUGAAGCGGCAAAAAAGGAAACUUUAUAUUGGGCAAGAACGCUUCUUAAAGAUUGUCCUGCCAGAUGAUCCCUCAUGGCAUUCACUUCAAGAUGGCUAUCUGUGGCACAUCCCUUUGACAUAUAAAACAAGUCACUCUGACCAUGAGAUAAAGCACAUUUUGUACACAAAAUCAGAUGUGUUGACGCUGGAUGAGGACGUAGACUGGGUGAAGCUCAACACUGACAUGAAUGGAUAUUACAUGGUUCAUUAUGAUGAGGAGGGCUGGAACGCCCUGACGGAGCUUCUGAGAGUAAACCACACUGCUCUGAGCUUUAACGACAGAGCCAGUCUCAUUCAUAACGCCUUCCAGCUAGUCACCGCAGGACGACUGUCACUAGACAGAGCGUUAGAUCUGAUCAGCUACCUGAAGUCUGAGACCCACAAUGUUCCUCUCCUGCAAGGGCUUGGCUAUCUUCAAUCAUUCUACAAGCUGAUAGAAAAGAGAAACAUAGCUGACGUUACUCAUAAUCUGAAGACGUACAUCUUGCAGUAUUUCAGAGAUGUGAUUGACAAGCAGUCGUGGAGUGAUGACGGGACGGUCUCAGACCGGAGACUGCGUGAAGAGGUUCUUUCCCUUGCAUGUGAUUUUGGUUAUCCACCGUGUUUGGAAAAGGCUAAACAGCUCUAUGAUAGCUGGGUGGAAUCCAAUGGUGCAAUCAGCUUACCAACUGAUGUGUCUGAGACGGUUUAUAUGAUUGGAGCCCAGGAUGACCGCGGUUGGGCCUACCUUCUGGAAAAGUAUGGUGAUUCCAUGUGUGAGACAGAGAAAAGCAAGUUCCUCUCAGCUUUAGCAAGCAGCAAGGACUCUGAAAAACUAUCAAGAUUAUUACAGCUUGGAAUGGAUGGAACUGUAAUAAAAACACAGAAUUUACCCAGUCUCAUAUACAUGGUGGCCAGAAAUCCAAUGGGUCAUUUUCUAGCAUGGGAUUUUGUGAAGAAACACUGGAAUGAACUAGUAGAAAAGUUUCCGCUGGGAUCUUUUGGAAUCAGAAGCAUCAUUGUUGGCACUGUAACUCAGUUCUCGUCCACAGAGGAGCUGAGAGAGGUUGAGGCUUUCUUCAAGUCCGUCACAGAGCAGGUAUCUCAGCUGCGUGUCACACAGGUAGCCACAGAAAACUUGGAGAAGAACAUUGUGUGGCUCAGAAGGAAUCUGGAGACCAUGAGGACUUGGCUUCAGCAAAGACUCAAUUAAAACGUAAAAAGCAGAUCAACAUUUCAGACUAGUAUUAUAUUAGUAUAAUGGUUUUGGUAUAUUAAUCAGUGGAUACUGAUUAGCAACUCCAUAUGACUUUCCAAGUUUUCUAUUAUUUUGCCUUUUUUUAGAUUGUAUUUUAAUUAUAUUGGGUAACGGCUUGAAUAAUGCAUGAUGUGUUUGCUUUUUCUAGUUUACUUUUUUAAACAGCUAUGCAGUUUCAAACCA